AACAAGGGUCAGUCACAGAAUCACAACACUGUCCUCUGCACAAAAACAUCUCCACUCUUUGUGCCACCCAACACAGCCCUCCUGAACCAACAUGCAAAUCCUGCACACUGACACUGACACCAGGUAAGGGGAUACCCAGCACAUUUACAUCCCUGCACCUGCCCUGCUCUCAAGACCAGUGGCACCAAAAUCCCCCCCACCAGCAGCUCUAUAAAGCUCCUCUUUCCAGACCUGACACUCAGGCAACAGCAGACGCUGACCUGUGUUUGGCAUUGGUGCAACAGCCCCCUUGUCCAGCACAGCACUGCUCCCAGCUCCCAGGAUGGAAGCUUGUCACUCUCCAGAGCAAUUCAAUGUCACUGCAUAUGGUGCCACAGCUGUGGCCAUUGUCACCUUUGAGGCGUUUGCUGGCAUGUGGAUAAAUGCUUUCAUUGUUUCUGUGAUUUGCAUGGCCUGGGUCAAAAGGAAAACCUUGAACUCUAAUGAGAAGAUCUUGCUGUUUCUGGGAUGCUCCCGGUUUUGGGUUUUGUGCUUCUCAUGGGUAUAUUCCUUUUUUUCAAUAAUUUAUCCCAAUUACUUUUAUGUUCCACCCACAUAUACUCUAAUUUUAUCUAUUCAGAACUUUUUUGAGUGUUCCAAUUUGUGGGUUUCAGCCUGUCUUUGUGUUUUUUAUUGUAUAAAAAUUGCUAAUUUCAGGAACAGCUUCUUCAUCUACCUGAAAGUAAAAAUUGACAGGAUGGUGCCCUGGUUUUUGUUGGGGUCAGUGCUUCUGUCCCUGGUUAUUGGAAUCCUUGUCUAUGAUUUUGUUCAUAAACCACACUGUAACAAUUCCACCAGUGAAGGAAAUUUUUCAAAAGUGAGUAUCAGAAUGGAGGAACAUUUUUUGUCUAUUUUUUUAAUCUAUGGCUUUGAGUUUGUCACUUCAUUCAUGGCAGUCAUCUUUUCUGCCCUUCUCCUUCUCUUUUCUCUCUGGAGACACAAACGCAACAUGGAGACAAUGAUGAACCUCAGCAUGGAUGCCCACAUCAAAGCCAUGAAAUUUAUUCUCUCCUUCUUUGUAAUAUACAGCAUCAACUUCGCAUGUUUGAUAUUGAAUAUGGUUUAUACCACAGAGAAUGGAAGUCCUGUGGUAUUUCUUCUUUAUGUACUUCUCUACACCUUUACUGUUGUUCAUUCCCUCAUUCUGAUUUUCAGCAAUCCCAAACUGGAAAAGUCAAUGCUAAGGAUUCUGGCCUGUGUGAAGUGUAAGUUUUGCAUGAGGUAGGAAUUGUAGUAAAAGCUGGAGCCCUUGAAAAAUACUUAUAUUUCAUUAUAGUAAACAAAUUGUUUAAUCUGUAAUGCAAUUUUCCAGGUAGUGUGGAUGAUUCAGAUGUUCUAGAAAACUUCAUGAAAAUUCUUUAAACCACAUGAAUAUGAGUUAAAUCAUUAUCACUUCAAUUAGAUAAACCUUUGAGCUAAAUUAUUGUCAAUAACAAAUUCAUUUAGCUCUGGUCGCAUAGGCUGUAUGUAAAAAGGCAAUGACAAUACUGCAAACCUUCCUCAAACACUUUGGCAUUUCCUGAUUGAAAUGACUGAACUGAACAACAGGUUUAUCUCUAUUUUGGUUUACAUUUCUUUCUGCUGUGGCUCUGUUCCUUGUAAUAUUUCCAGUUGUAUCAGUGCCUGUCAGAGUAGGUGGGUUGGGUGUUCCCUGAAGGACUGCAUCCUAUGGAGACCCUAUGCUGGAACUGGCUUACGCUGAAGGACUGCAGCCCAUGGGUGGGACCCGCAUCUGAACAGAGGAAGAGCAGGAAGAAAAAGAAGUGGAGGAGACAACACAUUAUGAACUGACCACAAACCCCCUUUUCUGUCACACUGUGCCACUGAGGGGGAGGAGGUGGAGAAGGUGGGAAUGUGAGAGUGA